CGUUGUAAUGAAAAAGAGGAAGAGGAAGUGUGAUCCAGAGAGUGAGAAGCAAAGAAGAGAGAGUUAAAAUUAAAGAACGCAAAGUACAAUGCUCUCUUGAUCACUUUUCAUUUCAUGUCUCAUCCCACUAAGCGCUCUGCCACCGCAUCCACUGACGCCUCCUCUUCCUCCGCCGCCGCUGCAGCAACCAUGAAGAAGGCCAAGUCGCAGGCCGUUGCAUGCUCUCUCGACUCCAAGAACUCCCUCAGUCACCACCAUCACCACAAUCAUCGCCAGCAUCCAGACGACGCCCUUUUCGACCCUGCCGCCUCGCCGAUGGCGCUUGACGACGAUCUCAAGAGUGACGACCAGAAUGCGCGCGGCGCCGUCGCUGCAAAUCUGUCCCGCAAGAAAGCCACCCCUCCUCAACCCGCCAAGAAGCUCCUCAUCAAGCUCCGCAAAGGUAAACCAACGAUGCCACCGAAUUUUGAGGAGGAUACAUGGGAAACGGUGAGAUCAGCUAUUUCAGCCAUAUUCUUAAAGCAACAUCUUUCUUGUGACCUGGAAAAGCUUUAUCAGGCUGUGAGUGAUAUGUGUCUUCACAAAAUGGGGGCGAAUCUUUACCAACGGAUUGAAAGGGAGUGUGAAACACACAUAUCUGCAGCACUGCAGUCUUUAGUCGGCCAAAGCCCAGACUUGGUUGUUUUUCUAUCUCUAGUUGAGAGAUGUUGGCAGGAUCUUUCUGAUCAAAUGUUGAUGAUUCGUGGUAUAGCCUUGUAUUUGGAUAGGACAUAUGUGAAGCAAACUACAAAUGUACGGUCACUAUGGGACAUGGGAUUGCAACUUUUCCGCAAACACCUUUCACUAUGUCAAGAAGUGGAACACAAAACUGUUACAGGUCUUCUACGUAUGAUUGAAAGUGAAAGAUUAGGUGAAGCAGUUGAUAGAACUCUCCUAAACCAUCUCUUGAAGAUGUUCACUGCUCUGGGAAUUUAUGCAGAAAGCUUCGAGAAGCCAUUCCUUGAAUGCACAUCUGAAUUUUAUGCUGCUGAAGGUAUGAAAUACAUGCAGCAAUCAGAUGCUCCAGAUUACUUGAAGCAUGUGGAGACAAGAUUGCAAGAGGAACAUGAGAGAUGUUUGUUGUACUUAGAUGCAAGUACUAGGAAGGCGUUGAUAGCUACUGCAGAAAAGCAACUUCUUGAACGUCAUAUACCUGCCAUUCUUGACAAGGGUUUUACAAUGCUUAUGGAUGCGAAUCGUAUUGAAGACCUUCAGAGAAUGUACACGCUUUUUUCGAGGGUCAAUGCACUUGAGUCAUUGCGGCAAGCUCUUAGUUCCUAUAUCAGGAGAACUGGGCAGGGCAUUGUUAUGGAUGAGGAGAAAGAUAAAGAUAUGGUUUCAUCCCUUCUCAUAUUUAAGGCUUCCCUUGACACAAUAUGGGAACAAAGCUUUUUCAAGAAUGAAGCAUUCAGUAACACUAUCAAAGAUGCAUUUGAGCAUCUUAUCAAUAUCCGCCAGAACCGACCUGCAGAAUUGAUUGCCAAAUUUUUGGAUGAGAAGCUUCGAGCAGGUAAUAAGGGCACUUCUGAAGAGGAACUGGAGGGUACACUUGACAAAGUCCUGGUUUUAUUCAGGUUCAUUCAGGGCAAGGAUGUAUUUGAAGCAUUCUAUAAGAAAGAUCUUGCAAAGAGACUGCUUUUAGGAAAGAGUGCUUCUAUUGAUGCUGAGAAAUCUAUGAUCUCCAAGUUGAAGACAGAGUGUGGCAGUCAAUUCACAAAUAAGCUGGAAGGAAUGUUUAAGGACAUUGAAUUAUCAAAAGAAAUAAAUGAAUCCUUCAAACAGUCAUCCCAGGCAAGGUCAAAACUUCCAUCAGGGAUUGAAAUGAGUGUUCAUGUCUUAACCACUGGGUACUGGCCAACAUAUCCACCCAUGGAUGUUAGACUUCCUCAUGAAUUGAAUGUUUACCAGGAUAUUUUCAAAGAGUUCUAUCUAAGCAAAUAUAGUGGAAGACGUCUGAUGUGGCAAAAUUCAUUAGGUCAUUGUGUCUUAAAGGCAGAGUUUCCUAAAGGAAAAAAGGAGCUCGCUGUGUCCUUAUUUCAGACUGUUGUUCUAAUGCUAUUCAAUGACGCCGAGAAACUAAGUUUUCAAGAUAUUAAAGAUGCUACUAGCAUUGAGGAUAAGGAACUGAGAAGGACUCUGCAAUCACUUGCAUGUGGAAAAGUUCGAGUCCUACAAAAGAUUCCCAAGGGUAGAGACGUCGAGGAUGAUGACUCAUUUGUUUUCAAUGACACGUUUAUGGCUCCUCUUUACCGUAUAAAGGUGAAUGCAAUUCAGCUGAAGGAGACAGUCGAGGAGAACACAAGCACCACCGAGAGAGUUUUCCAAGACCGUCAAUAUCAGGUUGAUGCUGCUAUUGUGAGGAUAAUGAAGACUAGAAAAGUGCUUAGUCACACCCUUCUUAUCACUGAACUCUUCCAACAGCUCAAAUUCCCAAUAAAACCAGCUGAUUUGAAGAAAAGGAUAGAAAGCCUUAUAGAUAGGGAGUAUCUAGAGAGAGAUAAGAACAACCCACAAAUAUACAAUUACCUUGCUUAAAUUAGUAUGCUUCUGACUUCACAUUAUAGAAUUUUCUUGAAUUUUCUUUUGUAAAUGACAAUCAUGGGAAAGACUUCACUGAGUCCCUCAGUCAUAUAUGUAUAGUAUACUAUGCUGGAUUCUCCCUCCAACCUCAACCCCCUCUCUUUUUCACUUUAUCUACAAUCGUACUGUAAUUAUAAACCCUUUUUUAUUUUGCCUCUUGAAGUUUUCUCUAUAUCAAUAGUUACUCAUCUUAA